AUAAAUAUUCAGAAAUGGAAUCUUCUCCAUUCCCAAAUACUUUGUCAAGUUCCUCUCAAGAAAGAAUAAAGAUGACCGAAGCACAUUUGGAGACUAAAGAAGUUAAUCUUGAAGUACAUGCUUUGGAAGCAAAAACAGCCUCUACCAAUGGAUUUUACACCCUCGACGAUUCAAAUUGUUACUUGAACAUCAACACAAGUAAAUACAUCCACCUAAAGAUCUUAAAGAAUGCUCAACUCAAAUUUCCUCCCUGAGAUACUAUGGAAAUAACUUUUGGAAGGAAAUCUUCAAGCGAUAUAAUCAGAACAAUGCAUAAAAUAUUUCCAAAAAAUACAGAAACCUUCUCCUUUUGGUCUCAUUCUAAUAAUAAAAAGGCCAAAAAAGCUUCAAAUAUUGGUAUCUUUCUCAAAGAAAUAACCAAAAUUUCUUAUAAAAUUACCAAUAACAUCCACCUUUUUAAUUUCCAAAUCAACCAAAAACAUCUAAGGAAAAUUUUCUACUGAUCUAAAUAACAAAGAAGGGCUGGAUUUGGAAAAAUGUAAACUAUUGGCAAUAAUGAAUCUGUAACUGUUUUAUCGAAGAGAAAGCAGACUCCACAGCUGAUUUAGCUUUUAGGGUCUUUACAAUGAUAAUUGAUGAUAGAACUUGAUACUGUUCCGGAUCUCUCGAGGGCUCUAGAAGGAUGUACUCUUCAAAAGCUCAGCAUAACUUUCUCAUGGGGUUCUCAUCAGAGAAAAUGUUCUACCAAAUUCCAGUGUUUUGACAACCUCAUUAAUGGACUGUCUCAAGCCGAAGGAAUCCAAGAGUAUUUGGAGAUAGCUACAUUUCGCAAUUAUAAUUUUAAGACUAAUAAAAUUGCAUUAUGCUUAGCUAAAUAUGGAUUAACACGUGUAGACUGGUGAGACGGCUUAAUGUAAGUCAUUAAACCGAAUUAGAAUCACCAUCUGACAAAAAGAGACACUUCUUGAAUGCUUAACCUACCCUGAAGAAGAAUCUAAGAGAUUCACCAAGAUUCCAACUUUUCAAAUUUAAUUUGU